AUGUCCAAAAACCCAAAGACGCAGACCUUCUCAUCGAUGAAGAGCUGGAAAAAUGGCACAAAUCCUUUCUGCCCAACACUACUCUGGACUCUCGGGGAGCCCCGGUUAGUCUACUCCUAUCACGAUACGAUAAGUGGCUUUGCAGCAAGGCUGACAAAAGAAGAAGUUAAAGCAAUGGAAUCAAUGGAAGGAUUCAUUCAAGCACAACCAGAUGAAGUGCUACCAUUGCUUACUACAUACACACCGGACUUUGUCGGCCUCAGCCAACGGAACGGGACAUGGUAUGAUGAUGGAUAUGGUAAGGGGAUGGUCAUCGGCAUCCUUGACACCGGUAUUGAUCCUACUCACCCUUCCUUCUCUGAUGAAGGCAUGCCAAUGCCACCGGUGAAGUGGAAGGGGACUUGUGAUUCUAGAGUUGCUACCUGCAACAACAAGAUCAUCGGUGCAGCUGAAUUUCUGCGGGGAAAGCCAGUGCCAACCGAUAUUGAUGAUAACGGGCAUGGCACUCAUGUGGCAAGCAUUGCUGCGGGAAACUUCGUAGAUAAUGUCGAUGUUCUUGGCAAUGCUAAAGGCACAGCAGACGGUAUGGCACCCAGAGCUCACUUGGCUAUUUACAAAGUAUGUACUAAAGACGGCUGUGCUGAUAGUGAUAUACUUGCCGGAAUAGACCAAGCCAUCAGUGAUAGAGUUGACGUUCUAUCUGUCUCCAUCGGUAUCGGGUCUCGACCUUUCUAUCAAGAUAGCAUCGCCAUUGGUUCAUUCGCAGCAUUGAGACGGAAGAUACUCACUUGCGCCGCAGCAGGCAAUGCCGGGCCAUCGGAGAAUUCCAUAGCUAAUGAUGCUCCAUGGAUCCUGACAGUAGGAGCAACCACAACAGAUAGAAGAAUCAAAGCAACAUUGAAGCUUGGAAAUGAAACAGAACUCAUAGAAGGAGAAACAGCAUACCAAGGUCCAAUUACUGCAAACCUGACAAUGUUGCCAAUGGCUUUCCCAGGGUACCAAGGAGGAAACAAUAACUGCCUCAAUGAGACCUUCAAUGGCAUCAAUGUCACAGGGAUGCUUGUUCUAUGCCUAAGUGGAGGCGAUCUGUCACACAUUGAAAAAGGGAUGAAUGUGAAGAAAGCUGGAGGUGCAGCCAUGGUGGUACUAAAUCAGGAGGAAGAAGGACUUACAACUCUCUCUGAAGCUCAUGUUCUUCCUGCAAUCCAUGUUAACUACUCCAAUGCACUGAAGAUCAUCUCCUUCUUCAAUUCAUCAUUAGCAAAGAACUCCACAGCAAUGGGAAGUAUCUUCUACAAUGGCACACAAUUUGGUGCACUUUCGGCUCCAGCAGUUGCAUCCUUUUCCUCAAGAGGACCAAGUUAUAACAAUGGUGGCAUUCUCAAGCCAGACAUUCUUGGUCCAGGAGUGAACAUUCUUGGAGCAUGGCCUAGUAAAGUUGGACCAGAGUCUCUUGGUUCAUCCAUGACAUUCAACUUCCAGAGUGGUACAUCAAUGGCUGCAGCACAUGUUGCAGGAAUAGCGGCUCUGAUUAAGAGCAGUAUCCGAAGACAUCGCCGCUAUCCAAGCUCAAUCAAAUCAGCAAUCAUCACAUCAGCCAAAAGUCUAGACCGGGAAUGGAAACCAAUCACUGAUGAGCACAAUGGCAACCCUUCGAAGAUUUCAGCCAUGGGAGCAGGACAAGUGAAUCCAUCAGGAGCAAGUGAUCCAGGGCUUGUCUAUCACCUUCAUACACAUUACUAUGUUCGCUACCUUUGCAGUUUAGGAUACACAGACGAACAGAUCAGAGUAAUCACACAGUAUAGAGUUCAGUGUCUAAGAAUGCGAGACUUCGGGCCUGAAAGAUUGAAUUACCCAUCGAUUUUAGUCACGCUCGGCAUCCCGUCAAGGAAGGUCAUUAGGCGUGUUGUGGAGAAUGUCGGCGAGCCAAAAUCAAUCUACUACCCGCAAUUUGAACUACCAGAAGGUGUUUCUGUGGAAGUUUACCCUAGUAGGCUUGAGUUUUCUAGUCAGUAUGAGAAGCAAUGGUAUAAUGUUGUUCUUAGUAUCAGUAAUAGCACAAUUCUGGGGAGAGGUGAUUUUGCAGAAGGGCAACUCUUAUGGGUAUCCCCAAGGCAUGUGGUAAGGAGCCCUAUCACUAUCAUAUUCAACUAG